CAACCUCAACACACUCACAGCCCACCAUGCCACCCCGAAAAAGAAGUGCACCCACCGCCGACGCUUCAGAAGAAGCUGCGCCCAAGCGGAGAUCUCUUCGACAAGCUGCUAAAGGAAAUCCCGAGCCUGAAGCGCCUCCCCCAGCUAAAACAAGCCCGCCAAAGAAGGUUACCAAGGCGACCAAUGUGAAGAAACAAGAGAAGCCCAAAGCGCCAGCAAAAACUGAAGAGCCCGAAGCGCCAAAAGUCAAGAAGACGGCCAAGAAACAGGAGCCUGCUCAGUCCAGCUCUCGUGGCGUCUCCGAAGACCCAGAUAUCGACUCAAUCCCGACGAUCAAUCCUGAUGCCCCGAAGCACGAUGGCCAGUGGUACUGGCUAAUGAAAGCCGAGCCCGAGACUCGUAUUGAGAACGGUGUUGAUGUCAAGUUUUCUAUCGAUGACUUGAAGGCAAAGACAGAGCCUGAAGGAUGGGAUGGCAUUCGAGCAUACGCAGCUCGGAAUAACAUGAGAAACAUGAACGCCGGCGAUCUCGCCUUCUUCUACGCCAGUAACUGCAAAGAACCCGGCAUCGUCGGCAUAAUGGAAAUCGUCAAAGAAUUCUCUGAAGACAGAUCUGCUCGCCGACCAGGCGCACCAUACUACGAUCCCAAGUCUACGAAGGAGAAACCCAUCUGGGACCUGGUCCACGUCGAGUUCAGAAAGAAGUUUGCGGUGCCGAUUGGUCUGAAGGAACUUCGUGAGCUGGGCAAACCUGGUGGUCCCUUGGAGAUGAUGCAGUUGCUUAAGCAGUCGAGAUUGAGCGUGAGCAAAGUUAGUGGUGAGGAGUGGAGGUUUCUGUGUGAGCUUGCGGAUAAGAAGGCGAAGGAUGCUGGAUUGAAGCAUGAUGAGGGUGAGAAGUGAUGCUGUUCUGGGGGAUGAGAUGAUACUGCUAGCAGGCGAGGGAACGCGGCUUGAAAGAAGUGUGUUUGAGCUGUGUGAUUAUUGACGAAUACUUCAUGUACACUACAAUGUUAGCAAUAGAGACGUGUGAUAAUGCAGAAUCCUUGUCUCGCACUCACUGGAAAACUGCCAAAGUGAGCACGAACGCUAGGGUCUCUGCCUAACGGAA